UAAGAUACGAUGCAACCUGGUUGUUGGCUGCGUGCCACCCAGCCAGCAAUAGCAGAUGGAGGGGGAGCAGGAGCAGGAGCAGGAACCGCAGCAGGAAAAGAAACAAGAGCAAGAGCAACAGCACUAAAAGGUGGAUCACCAGCAGUAACAGCAGAUGGAGAAGUUGGCAGGGGCUAUAUAGAAUCUUCGGCGUCGGUGGCUACUUUGGCUUCCAUCUCAUCAAUAGCUUCCACAUCGGCGGCAGCAAUGGCGGCACUGAAAGCCCGUCCUUAUUUGGUUGCACCCUUUGUAACCACAUCCUCAGCACCACCCACUCCUCAGCCCCACGCAUCCAAUUCGACGAGCACGGCCCGCACAGCGCCAGCCACACCUACACGUCAUCGCAUUGCUCCCGAAAAGGACUUGCACUUGGUUGAGGACUUUGAUGUGGCGCUUGCUCAAAUAGAGGAGCCGCAGACACACACCAAGAACAAAUCGCAGCGCUUUUUCUGGCGCAAGGCACUCCGGCGUGUCUUCCAACGCCGCAAGUGACGGCGUCGCCGGCAGGACUUGCCCCGCUGGCAUCGUCCCGCCCGUCGCUGUCGUCGUCGCAACCUGGCCGAGCGGGUAAGGCGCAUCUGCGCCUGCUGUGCCUACGGCCAGAUCCUGCUUCGUGCAGCCCGCGUGGCCCUGCUCAGCUGCAUCCGCUGGCGAACCCGUGGCAACAUACGCAACAACAACUUUUACUUCAGCAACCACUAAAGCAUCAGCAGCCAGCCAACCAACCAGCAGUCGCUAAUCUCCGUUCUCCAGCUAACUCGAAUUACGUUUAAAGUUUAUGAAUUACCAUUUGAUUUAGUUUUACACACGCCAGAGCUUAAUUUAUUUCCUGUGUUUUAAAUCGACAAUUAGUCUAUUUUUGUUGCUACAUAUGAAAUUAUAAUAUUGUAUUACCGCCUACGCGAACACGUCCCCACGAAUCCUGUACAUAGGGUCGAUAGUGCUCGAUCCCAUUAAUCAUUUUAAUUCAAGCGACGCAUACGAGAGCGAUAGUAAAGCAUGAGCAUGUUAAUGUACAUUUACCUAAGAGGCGAAUCGGCAAAUACACAUUUAUAGCGUACAUAGUUAAAUGAAGUGGAGUCGAUGCAUCGAUGGGUGUCUCACGCGCGCCAUCGUCGAUUCGAUAGACUUGUGAGGCAGCGCAUCUGGUUUUUUAUAAGCAUAUGUAUAUGUACAUGGAUGCAGAAACUUGAGCUGAACAUAACAAUAAUGAGAACGUAGUUAAUUAGUUUAUCCUCGGCUUAGUGAUUGACAUGAACAAUUUGAAAUGGCAUUAGUAACUAUUAAAAACGUAACCUGAAAUAGGACUGCGAAUGCACUACUAAGAACCACAAGUGAAACCAAUCCUUACCCUUAAUCGGAACUAAUAAGCGUAUAAAUACAAUUAAAGUAGCCGCCACAAACAAAUCGUAUUGUUCAACAUUAAAUAGUAGCGCAAGCGCAAAAUAA